UCAGCUAGCUGCUUUAGCAUUCAGCUGCACAGGAACCUGCAACUACUACACAAGAGGAUCUGCUCUCUCUCUCCCCGGUUAUGUGUUCAGCUUGAAUUUACUGAAGUUAUCUGUCGUCCAAGUGACUACACACCGAAGGCCAGGUGAAAGAUGCAGUUCAUGCUGUUGUUCAGCCGGCAGGGAAAGCUGCGGUUACAGAAGUGGUAUGUGCCUCUAUCAGACAAGGAGAGGAAGAAGAUCUCCAGAGACCUGGUCCAGACCAUACUGGCCAGGAAGCCCAAGAUGUGCAGCUUCUUGGAGUGGAGGGACCUGAAGAUUGUGUACAAGAGAUAUGCUAGCCUGUAUUUCUGCUGCGCAGUGGAGGAUCAGGACAAUGAGCUGAUCACCCUGGAGAUAAUCCAUAGAUAUGUGGAGCUGCUGGACAAGUAUUUUGGCAGUGUGUGCGAGCUGGAUAUUAUAUUCAACUUCGAGAAGGCCUACUUUAUCCUGGAUGAGUUCCUUCUGGGUGGAGAGGCGCAGGAGACAUCCAAGAAGAAUGUGCUGAAGGCAAUCGAGCAGGCCGACCUGCUGCAGGAGGAGGCCGAGGCACCACGCAGCGUUUUAGAGGAAAUUGGGCUGACAUAGAUCAUCACGCUACCUCUUUCUUCCAGUUGCAGAUCUGGCAACUUUCAUGUCUCUUUCUUGUCUUCUCCUGGUCACUGUGUCAGUGUUGUAUGUAUAUAAUCACCAUCUCUGUACCGUAUUAUUCUGUACUGUACUAUCCUGUAAUGUCCUUUUUAAUGUAGUGCCAGCUGUGGUUUAAUGUGUCUCCUAUGUACAAGCUCCCUCACUAUAUUCUGCAGAACGAUUAGUUCACUACUUCUUCAAACACCUCACUUCUUGAAACUUGUUGCAAUGCUCACUUCUUUAAAAAUACCACAGAGAACAAUGUAGCAACAAUGUCAACACAACAACUCCAGCAUCAUUUUUAGAUCAUACAUCAUCCACCAGCUGCAGAGAUGUGUGUGCUGUUUGGCUUUAAGAACUUUAAGGUGCUGAAGGAGUUGUACUUUGUGCAAUUUGUGUAUUACCAAAACAUUUGAAGUCUCUUCUGACUAUCUGGAUCAAAAAAUAUUUCAACUGUUUUACUCCAAAAGUUUUAUUUACACCGUUCUGAAGUUGCAACUAAAUGUCCUAUUCAAUGCAGCCAGAAAGACAUACAGGAUGUCCUGCUCUUUUUGUAAAAUACAAGCAAACUCUUGACACAAAUGUUAAUGAAAAUAUUUAAUUUGGAAAGAAAUCAGUUAUAUUUAUAUAUAAGUUAACACAACAAAUUAAAACAUUUGAUUUCACAAAAUUUAAUUGGGCAAAUUUAGCAAUUCCGAUUCAGGUGUUGUUUUGCAACUUGAGAAAAUGUUUUCCCUAAAUAUCAAAUUUUCUUUAGAAAAAUCUGAGGAUUUUGGAAAUAUCUUUAAGAUCAAGUAUUUUUAAAAACAAUCUUCUGAGUUUUUCAAAGAUUAUCUGCAAUUUAUUUCUCAGAAAAUUGAAUGUUUACCUGUGACUCAAAUGUAAAAAAACAUGAAGCAGAAAGUGAAGCUUGGGGUUUAUGGGAAUCACUGACACUAUUCAAAUCAACUAUACACAAUCAUUAUACACCCAUCAAAUAAGUGAAAUGAAACAAUGGCCCAUAAUCAAUACAAAUGUAUACAUGAAGUUUGUGUUUGGUGAUUCCCCUCUACAAGUGAAAUUUCAUAUUUUCUUAUUUUUUCAAACUGAUUGUUUACCUGUGCUUAAAAAAAUAGCUGUU